CGCGUGAAUACCAGCCAACCUUAACUAAAAUUAAUCCAAAAGAAUCCACAAAAUCACAAUGUCUGAUGAAUCAUUCUAUGGUGUCACUUUGAGCGGUGAAGGCAGCAAAGUUGAAUGGGAAGUUUUGUCCAACGAUGAAGAUUUCCCCCGCGGUCAAAAAUUAAUCAUCAGACAAAUUCUUUUAGGUGCUGAAGCCAAAGAGGGUGAAUUCAAUGUUGUCGAGGUACACACUGUUAAAGACAAUUUGAAAAUUCCCAUUGCCGUUUUGAAAGCUGGUGAAACUCGUGCCGUCAAUCCGGAUAUUGAAUUCUAUGAAACAUCUGCCACCUUCACAUUGAUCAAGGGCAACGGUCCCGUCUACAUUCAUGGCCAAAACAUUAAAGACGAGGUGGAGGUUGUCGACAUGGACGACGAUGAGUCGGACGAAGAAGAUGACGGUGAGGAGGAAGAGGAUGAGGCACAACCCCAAAAGAAGAAGCAAAAAGUAGAGAAUAAUGCCGAUGGCAAAAAUGCCAAAAACAAGAAGAAAUAAAUUCUGAUUGGAAUAC